AUGUCCCCUUCUACACUAGGAGAAUCGGAACAACUCGACAUAAAGUUGCCCGCCACUAAAGCAAACCAUACUGCCGACACAGGGCCUACCACCCAGCUAUGUCACUGGGUGGCUAAUCUUCGGCCGGAGGAUAUCCCAGAGAGUGUCCUGGCCAGGGCCAAAUACCUCAUUCUCGAUGGUAUCGCAUGUGCUCUUGUCGGUGCAAAGAAAUUGGGCCCCGUUGCAGCAGCAAUGAUGAACGCUGCCUUCAUCCAAGCAACCGAGCUCGAUGACUAUCACAGCGAGGCUCCUCUGCACGCGGCAAGCAUUGCCAUUCCAUCCAUCAUUGCGGCGAGCGAGGUUCUCAAGCGAGAGCGCAAAGCCGUCUCCGGGAUCCAGGCCAUUCUCGCUGCAAUUGUCUGCUUUGAGACCGGUCCCCGCAUUGGGAAGGCCGUUCAUGGCGCUGACCUGCUCGUGAAUGGGUGGCAUUGUGGUGCAAUAUACGGGGCUCCGGCCGGUGCUCUGGCAGCCGGAAAGACACUAGAUCUCUCCUCAGACUUCAUGGAAGACGCAGUUGGAAUUGCUUGUACACAGGCCUGUGGCUUGAUGUCCGCCCAAUAUGGUGGCAUGAUCAAGCGCGUACAACAUGGAUUUGCAGCCCGAAAUGGCCUGCUGGGUGCUCUCCUUGCGCACGGCGGAUAUGAGGGAAUAAAGAAAGUCCUGGAGAGGCCCUAUGGGGGAUUCCUGACUAUGUUCACUAAAGGCAACGGGAAAGACACACAGUACAAACCGCAGGAGGUAACGGCCGAACUUGGCUCGUUUUGGCAUACCUUUGCGCUGCGCAUUAAGAUGUAUGCCUGUUGUGGCCUUACCCACGGUGCCAUCGAAGCAAUUGAGAAUCUUCAGCGCCAAUAUCCCACCCUCUUUGCGGGCAGUAAUCUCCAUAAUGUGAAGAGGGUCUCUGUGGAAUUAUCCCAUUCCUCGUACAGCCACUGCGGCUGGUUGCCCGAAGAGCGUCCCAUUACAUCCACUGCGGCCCAGAUGAGUGCGCCGUAUAUCUUCGCCACCCAGUUCGUCGACCGCCAGUGCUUGUUAGCGCAAUUUUCCGAACGGGAUGGCAAUCUAGAGAGACCAGAGGUGUGGAACCUCGCAAAGAAGUUCAACCUGCGCCAUAAUGAGGAGUUUGACAAGUUGGAUCAGACCAGCGGUGGACAUGUGGUCGUCGAGUUUAUUGACGGAACGAAAGUCGAGGAAACGGUCGCCAAACCUCGAGGCGUCAAGGAGCCAAUCUCGAACGAACUCAUCUUGGAGAAAUACAGACUGCUCGUGGGAAGUAUCCUGGACCAAAACAAAGUCCAGGACAUUGAGCAGAUGGUUCUCAAUCUUGAGUCUAUGGGAGAUAUUAGUCCACUCGUGGAGGUAUUGAAUUCGUCUGUAAGACCAGUAUUUGGUUAG